CGUAAAUAUAUAGGAGAGGACAUCACGUUUAUCAGUCUUGUUUCAAACAGUGUCAAUUUACACCCUUCCCCCUCUAUCGGUCUCUACCUCAGGUUGUUUCUGUUGUGCGAUGGAGACAGGUGUUCGGAUAUACAAUGUGGAGCCUCUUAUGGAGAAGGGACACCUUGACCAUGAGCAGGUGGGAAGUGUGGCCCAGUGUUCCAUGCUGCAUCGCUCCAACCUGCUGGCUGUAGUAGGAGGUGGAAUCAACCCCAAGUUCUCGGAGAUCUCUGUGUUGGUCUGGGAUGAUGCUCGGGAGGGAAGGGACCCCAAGGACAAGUUGGUGCUGGAGUUUACCUUCACCAAGCCUGUUCUGGCAGUACACAUGAGACACGACAAGAUCAUCAUUGUGUUAAAGAACAGYAUCUAUGUCUACAGUUUCCCUGACAACCCUGUGAAACUGUUUGAGUUUGACACCAGAGACAACCCUAAAGGACUGUGUGAACUAUGUCCCAGUCUGGAGAAACAGCUGCUGGUCUUCCCUGGACAUAAGUGUGGAAGUCUGCAGCUUGUGGUAAUUCAUCUAUUUCAUUUAAUAGUUUAUUCCAUGGUACUUACUAACUAUGUUGGUUUAUCACACAUCCCCCUGUCGUACCACUCCCCUCUCCUCCGUAACCUUAAGCCGAGAGAGGGGAGCAGCCAGGUCUUCGGUUUUAGCGACAUACAGACCCCUGCUACACUCUACUGGUACUGGGAGGGAGGGAGGGAAGGAGGAACAGACCCUGCUACACUCUACUGUAUCAACUUCAGUCAUGACUCUUCGUUCCUGUGUGCCUCUAGUGACAAGGGCACUGUUCACAUCUUCGCUCUCAAAGACACUAAACUCAACAGACGCUCUGCAUUGGCUCGUGUGGGGAAGGUGGGCCCUGUGAUUGGUCAGUACGUGGACAGUCAGUGGUCAUUGGCAAGUUUCACCGUCCCGGCGGAGUGUGCCUGUAUCUGUGCAUUUGGGAAGAACACUUCCAAAAAUGUCAACUCUGUCAUCGCUAUCUGUGUUGACGGGACGUUCCAUAAGUACGUGUUCACCCCUGAUGGCAACUGUAACCGGGAAGCCUUUGACGUUUACCUGGACAUCUGUGAUGACGAUGACUUCUGAGAGGAAAGAGAGAGGGGGGAAAAGGAGGAGGGAGGGAUGAAAAGAGAGAGCGGGAGGGAGGGCAGAGGAGCAGAGAUCUGAUGGUGGUAAUGAUGAUGGUAGAUUGGAUCUAGACUUGGACAGAGAAGUGAAGCUAAAGAAGCAGAGCUGAUUUUACAGAAACAUACAAGUUGUCGGAAGGUCUGUUUUACAUGAUUGUUUUAUGUUUUUAUUGUAAUCAAGUUUUUCUAAAUAUGUAUGAAGAUUAAAAACAUUUUUACUAUGA